AUGUCAUCGAAUCCUGGUGAACCUAAGAGUCGUGCCCGGACAGACUUUUUGCUCAACAAUGAAGCAGAGGUUCAGAAGUUUUGGGAUGAGAACAAGGUUUUUGAGGCUGAUCCUGGCAAUGAGCCUCCAAGCCCUGGGGAAAAAUUCUUUGGGAACUUUCCAUACCCUUACAUGAAUGGCUUGCUGCAUCUGGGCCAUGCCUUCUCGUUGUCCAAGCUUGAGUUCGGUGCUGCAUACCACAGGCUUCGUGGCUCCAAUGUCCUUUUGCCCUUUGCUUUCCACUGCACUGGAAUGCCCAUCAAGGCCUCAGCUGAUAAACUUGCUAGGGAAAUCCAACAGUAUGGAUAUCCUCCAGUGUUUCCCGCGGCAGAGGGUUCUAGUGCUGCAGUGGCAGAUGCUAUCCAGGCUGACCAGGCUGAUGUUGUUGCCCCGGAUAAAUUUAAGGGGAAGAAGUCCAAGGCUACUGCAAAGGCUGGUGCACACAAGUACCAGUGGGAGAUCAUGAAGAGCUUUGGUCUAGAUGAUGAAGAGAUUGCCAGAUUUCAAGAUCCUUAUCACUGGUUGACUCACUUCCCUCCUUUGGCAAAGGAGGUUCUCAAGAAAUUUGGCUUGGGUUGCGACUGGAGGAGGUCAUUCAUAACUACUGACAUGAAUCCAUACUAUGAUGCUUUUGUCAAGUGGCAGAUGAGGAAGCUGAAGAAAUUGGGCAAGGUUGUUAAAGACAAGAGGUACACGAUCUACUCUCCGUUCGAUGGCCAACCUUGUGCUGGUCAUGAUAGAGUAACAGGUGAAACUGUGCAGCCACAAGAGUACGUAUUGAUUAAAAUGGAGGUGAUAUCACCUUUUCCUCCCAAGCUGAAGGCGUUGGAAGGAAGGAAGACAAAUUGCUGGGUGCUUCCUGAUGGAAUGUAUGGUACUUUUGAGAUCAACGACACUGAUGUCUUCAUCCUUACAGCAAGGUCUGCUCUUAAUCUUGCAUACCAACACCUAUCCAGGAUCCCAGAAAAAACAACCUGCUUAUGUGAGCUGUCUGGCAAUGAUUUGAUUUGUUUGCCACCGAAAUCUCCUCUUGCCUUCAACGAAACCAUAUAUGUUCUUCCAAUGCUCACUGUCUUGACUGACAAAGGUACUGGCAUUGUGACUAGUGUUCCAAGUGAUUCACCUGAUGAUUUCAUGGCACUGCAAGCUUUAGUGACAAAGGCAGCAUUGAGAGCAAAGUAUGGAGUGAAAGAUGAGUGGGUUCUUCCUUAUGAUAUUGUACCAAUAAUCCACAUUCCUGAAUUUGGAGACAAGUCAGCAGAGAAGGUUUGUCAUGAUCUUAAGAUUAAAAGCCAGAACGACAAGGAGAAGCUUGCUGAAGCAAAAAGAAUGACAUAUCUGAAGGGAUUUACUGAUGGAACAAUGAUUGUUGGUGAGUUCAGUGGUAAAAAGGUUCAAGAAGUGAAGCCACUGAUUAAAAGCAAGCUUUUGGAAGAAGGCACAGCUGUGUUGUAUAGUGAGCCGGAGAAGAAGGUCAUGUCUAGAUCUGGUGAUGAAUGUGUUGUUGCCCUCACUGAUCAGUGGUACAUAAUUUAUGGUGAGGCUGAAUGGAAGCAGAAGGCAGUCAGAUGUUUGGCCCGCAUGAAUACAUUCUCAACUGACACCCGUAAUGGUUUUGAACACACAUUGGGCUGGCUGAACCAGUGGGCUUGUUCGCGUUCUUUUGGCCUUGGUACUCGAAUUCCAUGGGAUGAGCAGUUCCUUGUAGAAUCUCUCUCUGACUCAACCCUAUACAUGGCUUACUAUACAGUUGCACAUCUUUUGCAAAAUGCACUUCUUCCUGAGCACCAUUGGCCACUUGGUUUCCGCUGCAAUGGGCAUCUUAUGCUUAAUUCUGAGAAAAUGUCCAAGUCCACAGGGAAUUUCCUAACUCUCGAAGAUGCCAUCAAAAAGUGCUCUUCUGAUGCCACUAGAUAUGCCCUUGCUGAUGCUGGCGAUGGUAUGGAUGAUGCUAACUUUGUAACUAAAACUGCAAACUCUGGUGUUAUGAAGCUUACAAAAGAAAUUUCAUGGAUGGAAGAUAUUACAGCUGCUGAAUCUAAAUUAAGAGCUGGGCCGCCCACUACAUUUGCUGACCGUGUGUUUGCAAACGAGAUGAACAUUGCAAUCAAAGAAACUGAGAAGAGCUAUAAUGCUUUCAUGUUCAAAGAGGCCCUGACGUCUGGGUUCCAUGUCCUCCAAUUGGCUAGAGAUGAGUACAGGCUCUCUUGUGGCGCAGCAGGCAUGAACCGUGAUCUAUUGUGGCGAUUUAUGGAUGUCCAGACCAGGCUCAUCACCCCCAUCUGCCCACACUAUGCCGAGCACGUGUGGCAUAAGAUCAUGAAGAAAGAAGGCAUAGUAAUAAAAGCUGGCUGGCCAGACGCAGACACCCCACAUCCGACGCUGAGAAUUGCAAAUAAAUACUUGCAGGAUUCCAUAGUAUCGAUGAGGAAGCUGCUUCAGGAGCAAGAGUCUGGUUCCAAGAAGCCUAAGAAGGGAGCUGCACCAGCACCUCCAUCCGAGGAAAAGAAGAUGAGCAUUGGCCUUAUAUAUGUGAACGAGCACUACUCUGGCUGGAAAGAGCAGUGCUUGAGGGUGCUGCAGUCCAAGUUUGACAGCCAAAGUCGCUCUUUCGCACCUGAUCAGGAAAUAGCAGAAGCUCUGAAGGGGUGUCCUAUCGGGCAGGAAAUGGACUUGAAGCAAGUUCAGGAGCUGUGCAUGCCCUUCAUCAAGCUGAAGAAGGAUGCGGCAAGGGAUGUUGGUCCUCGGGCACUGGACUUGAAGCUUCCGUUCAGUGAGAUGGAUGUUCUCGGGGAGAACUUGGAGCCGAUCAAGAGGCAGCUGGGCCUUGAGCAUGUUGAGGUGCUCCCAGCGUCUGAUGAAGCUGUUCGCGCUAAGGCAGGUGAGCAUGCUUCGCUGCUAGAGGAAAAACCACCAUCACCCGGUAAACCCACCGCCAUCUUCCUCAGCAAACAGAGCUGA